AAUCAAUUGAUCUAUCCAUCGUUCUUCGGAUUUCCUCUCAAAUCUACAGAUUUCAGCUCUGAAUCUGCAACAAUGGAAGAAUUGCGAACUGUCGGCAACGCCGGAAAUCAAUCGGCGGAUCCUUUAGGCUUGACGGGACAAGAUAACCCUGGCCUCGCCCUCACCACUGCGAAAUUCACAGGAAACAACUUCUUCGCCUGGAAGAAGACUAUCACCAUGGCACUUGGAGCUAAAUCAAAACUAGGUUUCAUAGAUGGAACAUGUAAGAAGCCUGCUAUUACAGAUCCUAACUACCAGCGCUGGAUAAGGACAGACUAUAUGGUUACUUGUUGGAUUCUAAAUUCGAUGAGCUCAGAUCUGUCCGAUUCAUUCCUGUAUGUCAAUUCUGCAGAAGAGUUAUGGUCAGAGAUUGGAGAACGUUAUGGAAGCACCAACGCGCCUCUCAUCUACCAAACACAGAAGGAACUUAAUGAGAUUCAUCAAGGAAACAUGACUGUAUCUGCAUACUUCACCAAACUUAAGAAAUACUAGGAGACUUUGCAAGAGCUGAAUGGAUUUCCAGUGUGUGAAUGCGGAAAAGUGAAGGAGUGCAAAUGUGAUUUCAUGGAAAAAUGGACAGCAAUCGAGAAUAGGAACAAGUUAAUGCAGUUCUUGAUGCGUCUCAAUGAUGAUUAUGAAGGAAUUCGUGGAAAUCUUCUCGCAACUGAACCACUGCCCACCUUAAGUCGUGCAUUUUAUAUAAUACAACAAAUUGAGACACAGAGAAAUGUCACACGUAGCACUCGAGAGUCAUCAGCAUUCUUCAUCAACAAUGAUACAAGAAGAAUGCCACCACAGAGGAGGGAAGAUAGGAAGCAGAGAUUUGGUGAUAGAAAAUAUUGCAGGCACUGCAAAAGUGAAGGACAUGUAUAUGAGCAGUGUUUUGAGAGAGUGGGCUAUCCAGACUGGUACAAAGGAAGGAGAACCAAUAAGGCAGGACCAUCAAGGCUAGCAGCACAUAUCGUGCAUGAUGAAAAAUCAGAAGAACCAAGCAUGGAUAGUCCUUUUGAUUGCAACAGUGGAGGUCAACAAAACAAAGCGCAAAUUGACCAAGGGCUCAUAUCAAGCAUAUGUCAAGAAGUGGUGAAAAUGUUCGAGGAGAGAAGUGUACAAGGAGAUUCCAGUGAGUUUAAUCUCACCACUGCCAACUUUGCAGGACCCUAUAACUAAAGGGACCAUAGCUUCUGGCAAAGGGCAAAAUGGUCUUUACAUUCUACAAGCCCACUCUUCCAGUCCUUCCAAAGGAGUUCCAGUCUCUUCCGCCACUAUUCAGAAUCAAAGUUUCCAGCCUGCCUCUUUUAUUUCAGUAGCUAAUGUGUCCAAUAAAGAGUCACUGUACAA